CCGUUUUGUUUCAGACUUCAGAUCAAUGAAUAAACCCUAAAACUCAAUUUUGAAGGAAAAAACAAAACCUUCGUCUUUCUCAGGUGCUGCCAUUAAACAAACAUUCUCUUGCUUUCUUCUGUUCAAUUUCAAAUUCGACCGAUUCGUUCUUCUCUAUAGCUAUAGACGUGUUUUUUUUAAAGCGAUGCAUCGUGGAAGCAUGUACGAGUCUGACGGCGAUGAUGAAGACGAUAUCGGUGAAGAUUUGGACGAGUUAAGACGCGCCUGUAUGGUAACCGAGGCCAAUUCUGCUUCUACUGGAGGCGGUGGCGGAGUGAUGCCGGAUUCGGAGGACGAGGACGAAGACGACUUGGAGAUGCUUCGGAGCAUUAAGAGCCAAUUAGCUCCGUCGCCGGAUCUUCCUCCGACGGGUUUACCAGUGCACUCGGAUUUGGAGAGUGAAGAAGACGACUUGGAGAUGCUUCGGAGCAUUAAGAGCCAAUUAGCUUCGUCGACGGAACUUCCUCCGACGGGUUUACCAGUGCACUCGGAUUCGGAGAGUGAAGAUGAUCUGGAGCUGCUUCGGAGCAUUAAGAGCCAAUUGGCACUUCCGAUGGACGAAAAAGACGAAGAUGGUGACCUUGAUGAUACCCUUCGAUGUAUUGGUAGGCGAUUCUCUGUUUUUUCCGAUUUGGAAGCCAAUGUCAUGAAUGAUUCUACCGAGAAGAACAAGGAGGUACUUGCCUCGCACAAUGAGCCUCCAAGCGGAUCUAAUACUCGUGGAAGCUUUCGAGAUUCAGAGGAAGUAGAAGCUGGUCAGUUACGUGAAAACACUUCCACUGAAAGUAGUUUCCCUGAAGCUGCACGAGCCUUUGUUGAUGCAAUACGAAAGAAUAGGUCAUAUCAGAGAUUUCUUCGAAGAAAACUGGGUGAAAUUGAACGAACAAUCAAGGAGAACGAGAAGCACCAGAAGAAUGUUAUGAUUGUUAACAGUUUUCAAGCUUCCUGCAAGAGAGUUACCGCCAGGGCAUUGUCUCAGAGGAAAGAUCCACGUAUCGAAUUGAUCUCAACACGAAAACCUGGCUCCGAGGGUAAUGGUCCACCAGAGAACCCUUCAGUUGCAAAUUAUAGGAUGGCAUUAGAGAGAUAUCCAGUUUCAGUGUCUCGCAGAAGCUGGACUACUAAGGAGAACGAGAGUCUUGCAAAAGGUAUAAAGCAACAAAUUCAAGAAACACUCAUUCUUGAAGCCACUGAACGAUCUAGUGACUUGGAAGGCUCGUCAGAUGAUAUAAACACCAUUAUUGAAUCGAUAAAAAACCUUGAGAUCACACCAGAAAUGAUGAGACAGUUUCUUCCCAAGGUUAAAUGGGACCAAUUGGAUAUCAAGAACCGUUCGGCUGCAGAAUGUGAAGCCCGUUGGAUGAGCUCAGAAGACCCACUGAUCAACCACGGUCCAUGGACUGCAGAAGAGGAUGAGUUCAUACGCUUAACUGUCAAAAACAAGAGUUUGACAGACUGGCUCGAUAUCGCAGUAUCGUUAGGGACAAAUAGGACACCGUUUCAGUGUCUCGCUAGAUAUCAAAGGAGCUUAAAUGCAGAUAUGUUGAAGAAAGAAUGGACUCCAGAGGAAGAUGAACAACUACGUGAGGCAGUAAACCUGUUGGGCGAGAAAGAUUGGCAAUCUGUUGCAAACAUGUUAAAAGGAAGGACUGGAACUCAGUGCUCUAAUAGGUGGAAAAAAUCGCUUCACCCUACAAUAGAAACAAAAGGGACAUGGAGUUCAGAGGAGGAAAAACGUUUGAAAGUAGCCGUGACUAUCUUUGGAGCUCAAAAGUGGUGUAAAAUUGCUCAGUUUGUUCCUGGACGUACACAGUCUCAGUGUCGAGCAAAGUGGGAAACUUUAGAUCCCAAAAUAAAGAAACGUGAAAGUUGGACCGAGGAAGAGGAUGCAAAGUUGAGAGAAGCAACUGCAGGCCUUGAAAGCAAGCUCAAGAAUUUUGAGUUUGACAGGGAACAUGGAAUCUGGUCCAAAGUCGCUUCAAAUCUGCCUGGUCGCACUCACCGUCAGUGCUUGAAGAGAUGGGAAAGUUUGAAUCCUCACCUGGUGCCACUGAAAAAGGAAGCUAUAAGGUUACGCAAAGAAAACACUCUAGGCAAUUUCGUUGAUCGGGAAUCAGAGCGGCCUGAUCUUGUCGUAGGCGGUUUGGCGCUAGCCGAGAUAGCUCUUGAGCCAGAACCCGCCCUGAAGAAGAAACGCAAAGCAAGACAAAAGAAGGCUGAUGCAGAAGGCGAGAGUGAAUCAUUAUGUGCUGAUUCAGAGAGACAGCCAAAGAAGCGGAGAAAAGGAUCAGAGAGCUGCUCAGGAGAUGUAUGUAGACAAGAGAAUGAGGCUGAAGACAAUGGAAAGGAGAAGAAGCAAAGACGAAAAGGAAAAAGUGUUGCAGGAACACCAAAUAACAGCUCAGGAGAUGUAUGUUGCCAAGAGAAUGAGACACAAGACAAUGGAAAGAAGGAGAAGAAACAAAGAGGAAAACGAAAAAGUGUUGCAGGAACACCAAAUAGCAGCUCAGGAGAUGUAUGUUGCCAAGAGAAUGAGAUUGAAGACAAUGGAUAGAAGGAGAAGAAACAAAGGCGAAAAGGAAAAAGUGUUGCAGGAACACCAAAUAACAGCUCUGUAGCCAACUCAAGUCAAGAAGCUUGAGCCUAGGAGGAAAGUGACCGCAGUGGUACCUAUCGAGAACUAAGAUGCACCAAGAUGCAACGGUAUUUGUGUUAUUAUGACAGAAAAGUUAUGACGAAUUCAUGAUAUGCAAGAACAAGGUGUUGGGAUGGUGUAGAUUUUGUAUUUAGGAAUAUUGUAUUCUCUCAGUUGGUAAGAUUCUGUCUAGCUAGUGUAUUAUUGUUAAAGUUUUACGUUUAAGAACAUACAUUUCUUCUUUCAUCCUUAUGAAUUUCCGGCUAACUUGUUGAUUAUUUUGUUUUGUUAAAAAUUAUUGCUAUGUUUCUUGAGAA